AGCGAAGAUUAUUUAUUAAUUGUGGAAAACUAGACAUUUAAGAAAAGUUGUAACUUUCUUACAAUAAUUAUGGCAGAAAUCGUUGAACUUGAACGGCUUGAAGACCAGUUAUACCAGUAUCACCCAGAAUUAAGACUCGACAGUGAAGAAUUGAAAUUGGAACGACGUAACAGAUUGUUUAUGCAACUGCAAUCAAGUCAGCCUGAAGUGCAGCUGGUUGCACUAGAUGCUGUUUCUUCACUUACGAACAUAAAGAGUAUGUUAGAAAAGUGUAAGGACGUUGUACUUGAUUAUUCCCAUAUAAUUUCGCCGCCUACUAUGUCUUCUAUUGAAUCUAGCGGUGAUGAGUUUGUAGGCACCCAAAGACCACGACGUACGGCAACACGUAAACGAAGAACCACAUCUAUUCAAUACAAUGGGUCUGAAGUAAGUAAAUCUCAGUGUGGUCGAAAAGAUGAUUCGCCUCUUUCGUUAUCUAUUUUAAUACCUCAAGUAGUAAAGGGUUCAGAAAAAAUGGAAAUUUCGAUUGACUUGGGGGAACUUGAUGCUUCUCAACGAUUAUUCGCUAGUCGAGUUGACGAAUUGUUGCGUAAACGAUCGAAUAGUAGCCACCCGAUAGAAGAUGCGCCCUCGAAAGAAAAUCUGAAUAGCAAUAAAUGUAAAGAUUUCCAUUUGCCCAUAGCUACAUCAAGUACUAUUGAGACUAUUAAUGAAAAUGCUGAAAAGCCAGAAGAUGAGAUGUUAUCACGUUUAAUAUCUCAAGUGCUUGUCGAAAAUCAGGAGACAGAAACUUUACAAGCCACCAAUCUACUUGAUAAUAUCAAUAAUAAUGAACGCAGUAAUUACAGUGCGGAUGUGCCUGAUCAUGUUGAAUCUUCAAAGGAGCAAUUUGUGAAGAAAAAACGCCAACGAAAAUCGAAAAAAUCAACAAAUGUAGAAAAAGGACCGCCGAAAAAACGUGGUCGAAAACCGAAAAACAACCCUGAGAAACAAGGUUCUUUAGAAUAUGCGGAAAUGGCUAAAAGCGACUUGGCUAAGUAUGUUGAACUUUUUUCUAAUACUUGUAAUAUGGCAGGAUCGGUCACACCUGCGGCUUCAUCCACAAUAUCGCAACAGUUGGUUACAUCCACGACUCAUUACUUGGAUUCGAGCGAUCAGCAACCAAUCACAUAUUAUCUUGAAGGUAAUUGGGAAAAUGGUGGAAAUUGUCAACUUUUACAAACCGAUAAUACGCACAUUGAUGGUGGUCAAGAAGAAUUCAAUAUGGCAGAGUUGGUAAAUUACAUAGACAAUGUAGGCGAUGCUGGAAAUGCAAUAGCGCGUGUUCUUGAUGCCCCUACUACCUUGCCUGUUUUGGUACAGGACUCACAAACGCAAAGCAAUGCAAUUGUUCCUCCGCCAGCGCAUGUUUCCGAUGUGUUGUUGGAUUUAUCGAAGAAGUCUACAAUAUCUUACAGCCAGAUCGCACCAUCUAUUAAUAAUGUACCCAUCGACACUGACAAUCGGGAUCUAAUGCCUCUGGACCUGUCUUUAAAAUCGUCAAAACUGAUUCAAAAGGCCUCUCACAGCAACAAUAACUUAACGCCUUUAGAAACUAAUUUUAAUAAUAAUUGUGCUGGAAAAUUAAAUGAAACGGCGGAGGGUGUUUUUGGAGAGAACGAUUAUGUUUCCUUUAGAGCAGCUUUAGACAUGCCUCUCAUUGACCUUGAAGAUAAUAUCAAUGCCUUUAUGCAAUUAACCAACAAUGAGGCAAUUACGACAGCUGCUGCAGCAGAAAAUAUUUCAACAGAUUGUGCACUACUGACUAAGGAAACAGCUAACAAUCCACUACCGAUUUGUGACUUUGAACUCGGUGAAAUUCUUUCCGAGACUACUUUAUGCAACAACAAUUACAAUCACAACUCCCAAUAUAACAGUAAAACCAAUGAUUUAAAUUCGAAUGUUGUGAAAAAUGGCGAAAACGCCUUAGAUCAAAGAAAAGCCAAUGAUAUUACAACAAAUAUUGAACGGUUAAUGAAUAAAACGGUCAACGCAAACGAACACACUAAUACUGUCGAAGUCGGUGUGUAUGAAGGUUUAACUCAACGUAAUUGCGAUGCCACUUGCAGUCAAGACAGUGAUAGAGGGCAAUGGUUAGAGGAACUCUCUGUUGCUAAGGAAAAUACUGCCUCAAAUACUGAAACUAAAGUAGCAAAUGUGGCAGAAAAUAGUGCAAAUAAAGCAGAAUAUUCUUCCACCGUUGAUGGUAUUGGUCAUAUUGAUGAAUUACACGGAGAUUCAGGUGAUUUGCUAUUCGUGGACACAGAAACACUCUUGGCAAACAAAUCAAAAUCAACAUUUGAUGGACUGGUUAGUGCCACACAAUUAGAUACUCCCAGGGAAUAUUUUGCUGCAAAUGAGGUCAGCCCAACAACUAGCGCUAACCAACACGAUACUGGGAACAAUGAGGAUGACGCUUGUGAUUUGUCAACAAAAGCCGAUCAAAGUAUUGAUUUAGAAGAAGAUAACCAGAGUCAUAACGUUAGCGUACAUUUAGAAAUACCACAUCUACCGCAGUUGGAAAGCAAUUCCGAAGAGUUCACUUACGAUUAUGAGACGGGUCUUGAAAGCAUUGAAGAUAAGGACACUACCGUAAAUGCUGUGUCAGAAAACACACAACAACCUGUUGCAACACAACAAUACACUGAAGAAAAUAAUGCCAACGAAUCGCAUAAAAGUGACAACUUAAGUUGCAAUGAUUCAGGUAUAGGAAAUUCUGUAGUUGGCAAUGUAUGCGAAAGUGCGGAGGAAGUAGAAAAAUCCACGCUGACGUUGCUUACUAACAACAAUCACUCAACAGUUAGUAAUUUCAUAACAGAGGAAGCACCGGAAAUACCGACAAAGUCGACCGGAAAUGUUGAUACAAAUAUAAACAUUGAAAGUGAUGAAGAAAAAGAGCAGACGGAUAAAUUCACCGAAGGCAAAUCUAUUGUAGAAGACAGCUUAUUCCUGAAGGAUUUUGCUAGUUGCUGUAAGCAGGAAGAGGCAAAUACAGCCCAAGCGCAAAUAACUGGUACAAAAAUAUGUAAUGAAAUAGAAAGCUGUCGUAAGGAGGAUGCCGACAUUUCCUGUAAACCGGGGAGUGUAAACGCAUAUAGUGCUUCAGAAACUGAAGCAGAAGAUCUAAAGCAACGAAAUCGUAAAGGCAAUGAAAAUUUCGGCCAAUCUGCGGACUUAUCUUUGGAGGGUCCACAAGAUGGGUGUACAGAAAAAAUGGUAGCUUUUUCGACUCACCACAACGCCUUCGAAGCAGAUCAAAAGCAAGCGAUUGAAGGAGUAUUUGUUAAUGUAAAAGCAAAACAACCCGAUACAAAUCGCAAUUUAUCUGUGCUGGAGAUGGAAUUGAAAAUGGAUGAUGACUGCUUGGAUUUCGAAGAUGAAAUGGAAGACGAUGCGCUAUCUCUAGCAACAUCAUGUUUUAAUUCAUCAGAUGAUGAGCGGUGUCCCGAUAUGGAUCGUACUCCUGUAGCAGAACUUAAGUCAGUUAAUACAAAUGAGAACCACGAAAAUAUGCAGGUCGUGCAUGUCGAAAAUGAAGAAAUGGUGGACGAUAAGAGUAUAGUUGUCAAGGUAGAAGCUGCACAGUGCUCUACGCACGUGCCGAGUGAUAUUUUAAAAAAGUUCAAAAUACCGAAGAUCUCAAUGACGACCGCAACGGCAAAACACGCUAUUCCAGCAGAGGACGUGACCACAGCAGGCGCAUUACCCAUGGUCAUAGUGCCAACGAAUGCCUUUAAUAAGCAAGUAAUUAAAACGGAACGGGAUGCCAUCAAACUCGUAAACUUGGAGAAAAUCACACGCACAGUACAAAAUGUGUGCGCGGUAACGCCGCUAACACAACAGCAACCGGCGUACCAGCCUCAAACUACUGCCAGCACUCCAAUUUCAUUCGACACCAUCAAACCGCUUAUGAGCGACAUAUUGCAAUUGCCGUCAUCUAGUAACGAAGCGGAUGUGACGGAUUUGAAAAAAGUUAAUGAUAACACACAAAUUGCACAUAUGAGGGGGGAAUUAGUCGGUAAUAGUGGUGAUGGUCUUAACUCCAGUCGACACGCAAUAGCCAUCGCGAGGACCUUUGGUGUCACAUGUUUGCCUUUCCUAGUGGACCGAUGCUUUAAGCUCGGCAACUGUAAAUUUUCGCACACAUUUCGCGAGUCGGAAACAGUCGGAAAUAUUUUGCUUACAUUUUCAGAGGUGGACCUAAAUAUUGCUUAUAGAUUUGCCUAUAAUCAUGAAAAUCUUUUUCGCCGUUACAUGCACGAGUUCUGUCGUGCCUACUCAACGCGAAACAAUCGCAUAAAACUGUUGCAUAUGGCGCGUGACUGUGUGCGGUACCAUGAUGGUAACAAGCUAUUGAUGACAAUAUUUCAUAGUCUGGAAUAUUGCGGUCUAAACAAAAUCAAUGCAUGCCGACAGAUCUUAAUUUACAGUCAAGAUAGAUCACAAGCAACCAUAGAUGUUUUGUUAGAAAUUAUAUUCGAGGCCGAUUGGACUAUGUUUUGUGAUCACAUCGAGAAAUUCAUUGAUAUUACUGCAUACAAAUUUCGUGUGAAGGUGUUGCAUCAAAUGGCGCCAACCAUCUUGCAGGCAAAUGAUCAACGUAUGACUUCGCUGUUCUUCAAAUGUCUCGUGAAUUUAGAUUCAAAUGAUGUCGGUCUUGUUCAGACCUCACCCAUACUCAUGCAAUUGCUGGAGCUGAUAAAGAAUGGACAAAUAUGCCGGUAAGUGUGUUGUGGUGCUGAAUUCAUUGCUAAGCCUAUAUACUGGUUACACAGGCAAAUGUGUGUAAGUCAAACUGAGCUUUAACUUGUACUUUUUAUACAUACAUUUAUACAUUUAAAUAUUAUUCAUAGACGCUUUAAGACUUACCUCUCACAAAGGUAUUACAAUUCAAAGAAUACAAUUCUUAUGUUACUUUUCAACUCAGGAUUUCUUUUAUUGCAUUGGUGAUAAAAAGAUCCUGAAUAAAACAUACUUUACGAUAGAAAGAUAUUUAUUUAAAGUACUACUUAUUAUAUCGAACAGAAUUUUUGUAAUAAACUGAAUAAAAAUGAAAAUGUAUAACCAAA